GUGUUCUUUGAGCGUUGUUGUGAAUUCAAUAUGGCGAAAGUUAGUGUUGUGUCCGUUUACAAAAAGAAGUCGGUAUGACGUGCUAAUACGAAAAUAAUUAAAAUAGAUAAAGUGCAUUUGAAAAAUAUCAUCGCAUUUACUUGUUUUGAGAUAAGAUAAAUUCAAUUAAAUCACAUUUCAUUGUUUGCCGAAGAUCCGUGUGUUUGCAUUUAAAGAAAAUUAGUCAAAUCUGCAUCCUUAAAUUUCAUUUUGCAAAAUUGAAUAGCAAAAUAUUGAUAUUCAGACGGAAUGUGGGAAAUUUGCCAGUAUAUAGAAAAGUAGUAGAAAAUUCCAAUCAUGACUGAUACAAGGAGAAGAGUGAAGCUAUAUGCAUUAAAUGCUGAUAGACAGUGGGAUGAUAGAGGCACAGGACAUGUUUCUUCAUCUUAUGUUGAUCGUUUAAAAGGAAUUUCUUUAUUAGUGCGUGCCGAAAGUGACAAUUCCUUAUUGCUAGAAUCCAAGAUUCAGCCUGAUACGGCUUAUCAAAAACAACAAGACACUUUAAUUGUGUGGUCUGAGGGUGAUAAUUUUGAUUUAGCUUUGAGUUUUCAAGAAAAAGUGGGUUGUGAUGAAAUUUGGGAAAAAAUUUGUCAAGUACAGGGUAAGGAUCCUUCAGUGGAAAUUACACAGGAUAUUGUCGAGGAGUCUGAAGAUGAAAGAUUUGAUGAUAUGUCUGAUUCCGCGCCACCUAUUGAGUUACCCAAUUGUGAACUCAGUCGUCUUGAAGAUAUCAGUGAGUUAAUAAGCAACUGUUUGAGUUCCCAAAUGAAAAAAGAAAAAUUAGCUACAGCAAUAGAAGGUGAAGGAUAUAUAAGAAAACUUAUUAAUUUAUUUCAUAUGUGUGAGGACCUGGAAAGUAUGGAAGGAUUACAUCAUUUAUAUGACAUAUUCAAAAAUAUAUUUUUGUUGAAUAAAAACGCUCUGUUUGAUGUUAUGUUUAGUGAUGAAUUGAUAUUUGAUGUAGUAGGCUGUUUAGAGUAUGAUCCUUCAUUACCAACUCCAAAGAGACAUAGAGAAUAUCUAAGGCAGCAAGCAAAAUUCAAAGAGGCAAUUCCAAUAAAAAAUGCAGAACUACUUUCAAAAAUUCAUCAAACAUUCAGAGUUCAGUAUAUUCAAGAUGUUGUGCUGCCAACUCCUUCAGUCUUUGAAGAAAAUAUGCUUUCAACAUUAAGCAGUUUUAUAUUUUUCAACAAAGUAGAAAUAGUGUCUCUAGUACAAGAAGAUGAAAAGUUUUUAACAGAACUUUUCUCAAUGUUAACAGAUCUAAGUACGCCUGAUACCAAAAGAAGGGACUUGGUGUUAUUUUUAAAAGAAUUCUGCAAUUAUUCUCAAAAUUUACAGCCGCAGGCUAAAGAAUCUUUUUACAAAACAUUAACAUCACUUGGAAUAUUACCGGCUCUCGAAAUAACUCUUGCUGUGGAUGACCUUAAGACAAAGACUGCUUCCAUUGAUAUACUUACUUAUAUUGUAGAAUUUUCACCGUCUGUAGUGAGAGAGUAUACCUUACAACAAGCCAGCAAUACAGAUGAGGAUCAAAUGCUUCUUAAUGUCAUUAUUGAACAAAUGAUUUGUGAUAAUGAUCCAGAAUUAGGUGGUGCAGUUCAGUUAAUGGGCGUUCUUAGAUUACUUUUGGAUCCAGAAAAUAUGUUAGCUUCUGUUAAUAAAUCAGAAAAAACGGAUUUCCUCAAUUUUUUUUAUAAGCACAGCGUACACAUCUUGAUAGCUCCUUUAUUGGAAAAUACUGUUCAUGACAAACCCCAAAAAGAGGAUUACAGAAGUGUUCAGCUCUUGGGUCUAAUUCUUGAACUUCUAUCCUUCUGUGUAGAACAUCAUACAUACCAUAUAAAGAAUUGUAUUUUGAACAAAGAUUUACUACGUCGUAUACUCGUCCUCAUGAAAUCUAGACACAAAUUUCUUGUACUUUGUGCAUUAAGAUUUAUGCGGAAACUAAUAGCAUUAAAAGACGAAUUUUACAAUCGGUAUAUAAUUAAAGGAAAUCUGUUUGCACCUGUGGUAGAUGCAUUCGUUAGGAACAAUGGUCGGUAUAAUCUAUUAGACUCUGCUAUUAUUGAAAUGUUCGAAUUCAUCAAAGUGGAAGACAUCAAGACCUUAUGUUCUCACAUUGUAGAAAAUUAUGCUAAAUGCUUAGAUGAAAUUUGUUAUGUACAAACAUUUAAAUCACUCAAAUUGAGAUACGAUCAACACCAGGACAAGUUGAAGGACAGAGAAAGAAACAGUUUAGAUGGGGUACCAUCGAUAUUACGAAGUAGUCGUUACCGUAGGGACCAAAGACAAAUGGACGAAGAAGAAGAGAUGUGGUUUAACGAUGACGACGAUUUCGAAGAUAAUGAAACAGUUCUUACCGCUCCUACCGAUAUGCUAAGUAAGAAACUCGAUACUGAUUUGGAUAGUAUUGGUAAAAUAAUGGAAAAGAAACAACCGGAAGUAAAUGGUCCGAAAAUGAAUAAUAAUUCGUCGACGAAAAGUGCCGUUCAUAAUAAUAAUACAAGUACGGCGGGACAAACGGCGACGAGUCCUGUAGCUUCGAAUGAAACUAAAACACAACUUAUUAAAAGGGGUUUGGUAGAUUACGAAGGAGGUGACUCAGAUGAAGAAGACGACGACGGUGAAGUAUCCAAAAGGCCGAGACUCUCAUAGUCGAGUACACAAUCUGCAGGUAAGUGCGUUACAGACUAUGGUAACGUACCGCAAAGUGUGAUCUCAUAGUGAAUUGUGUGUAAAACACGAACGGUCAAUUAUUAUUAAAACAAAAAAAGAAAAAAGAAAAAA